CUUGGUGGUGGUCUCGUACGUCAACUACCAAUGCAAAUGUUUUCAUAAUAAUUCUCGAAAAUGUUUAGUAUCUACGCAAUAAAUGUUUUUUUAUUUUUUUCAUCGCUAUAGAUUUAUUGAACUUUGACGUAUUCAACUGUCAUAUUUAACGGUGACGUGUAAUGUGUGCUUUUGAAUAUUUGAAAUAUGUUUAUCUAAUCAUCGGAGUUUUUUGAUGAGUCCUGUUGACAUGUUCAAAUGCAAGACACAAUGAGUUGGUUCGAUGCCUCGGGAUUUGCCAGUUUGGCAAAGUCUGCGCUCAAAGAAGCUCAGAAGACUAUAGACAAAGCUCUGGAUAUUAAGGACGAAGAGCAGCAUCAACAGCAGCAGCAGCAAAAAGUAACUGAGACACCGGUGAUUGAUGAUAGCAAUUUUUUCGCAACUUGGGGCAUAAAAAGUGAGAGUGGCAAUACUCAGACUCCGACGACGAGUAAUUUUAAACAAGACUCCAGUAUAUGGGGAAGUUUCACUGGAUCCUUUUUUGAACCUCCUAAAAUAACUGGUGAUUCCAAGAGCAAAACAUCACAGAGCUCUGGAUCACUACGCGACUCGAGUGAUCAAAGUUUAGACACUUGUUCCGUAACAUCAUCGGUAUCUUUGCCUGACAAAUUAGCACACAUUCAAAAUAAAAUAUCAUCCAGCUCGCAGUCCGUUGAGUCGACAGAAGAUGACUCGGAUAGAAUUAUUAGGUCACGAGACAAAAGUAGUAAAGACUUUUCUAAUUCAGAUUCUAAAACUGACUCGGAAAUUGAGUCGUCUAAAAGUAAUGCUGAUAAAUUUGCAUAUUCUGGUAGUCAUUUGGGCAACAGAGUUUCGUUACUGUCCUCCGAAAGCGACAAAAAGAGUUCUGAGAGUGUAGAAAUUCUUGGUUCAAGAUCUGAUACGAGUACUGACUGCACCACGACACCAGAGUCGGAAAUAGUAUCGGCGAGUGACUCGCUCAGUGCAUCGACUUUGGAUUUAAAAAAAAAUUCCGAGUCUGUUGAAAUUUUACCGGACAGUCUGGUAACGUCUCCUAGUUCUGUUGAAAUACUUGAAGACCGUUCCAAAACAGAAAGUCCAUUUUUAUCCCCGUCUGAAGAAUAUCACAAAUCUCCAGAUGCUCCGACAACAUCUUUUGAGCCUGAAUCAGAAUCUCCACAUGAUUCCUCAUCGGAUAUAUCGCCUUAUGCAUCACCAAUGGAGGGGUCUAAGAGUCUAAGACUUGGCGAGGACACAGAAGAAUUAACUCCUAGUCAAUUAGUGUCUUUUCCAAUUACGUCAUUGGUUAAAAAAUCAUCUAGUUCAGUUGCUUUGGAAAGCUGUCAGACUGUCGAUGAGAUAGAUGAGAUAAGUCAGGCUGAAGAUUCCUACACUUCAGCUUCAGAAAGCACAAUGAUGACAAUCAUGGAGACUUUUCAUCAGCAACUAGAUCAGAAACGCAUGCACGAGAGUUGUUCCGACACUUCAAAAUCUGUUUGUCCUACUCCGGUGCCCAGCAGUCAACUGGAAUCAAGUUUAGAUUCUCUCAAAGAUGUAAAACAAAGUCUCCAUCUGCCCAUUGAGCCAAUCACAACUCAGCCGAUACGUAAAGUUGAGAGUUUGGCUGAAAAAAUGGAAUCUUUUGAUCCAGACCUGGUGAAAAGUGCUACGAUUGAGCCUUUGAACUCAGAGUUGACUUUUGAAGUUGAGAGAGCGAAAAAUCAACAGGAUUUAAGUCUUCCCGAUCAACUUGCGAUACUUACAGAUUCAAGUUGCGAAGGAACGUUAGUCGACACUAGUUCUGAGGAAAAUUCAGCGAUAAAAACAAGUAAAGAGACAAAUUCUGAAGAAGAAGGAUCACUCACGUCCAGUUCAUACGUAAAAAAUAUGCUAGCCGAUGCAAUGGUAGAAAAAAAUGAAAUACUGGUUGAUUUAGAACGACAUGAUAUUUCACAUCGAGAACAUUCGCCCAUUUCAUCAGAGAGCCGAUCAGAUCUAGUGAAAAUAGGCUCAGAUCAAGCGAGCGGACACACGAGUGGCGAUGAGUUAGAAACUACGACAUCUAGCGACAUUGAAAUUAUUUCCAGGUACAGCCCAAAUGGUGAUUCAAGUUCAACGCAAUCGCGUCAAAGUCCAGCGAAUCUCCAUUCAUGUAAAGCUGGAGAUCUGUUGACAAAAACUUUGAAGACCAGAGGUCACAGCCGGGAGCUCAGUGAAAUUAGUAUUUGUUCUGAUGACAGUAUUAAUGAAACAGAUAAAUUACGAAAACGUAUUCAAGAAUUAGUUGAAAUACUAGAAGUACGGGAGUCAAAGUUAAUUGACGUGAGUCGAAUGAAUAUGGAUUUGCAUGAACAAAAUAACCAUUUGAAAAUCCAGAUAGACAGUUGGGAAAAACGUGCGCAGCAGCAUCAAGAUGUUAAUCUUAUAGCCGACGAAUAUACACAACGCAUGUCUGUGUUGGAAAAAAAGUUCCAGCAGACAAUCAGAGAGCGUGAUCUGCUUAAAGAUCAAGUGGAAAGUUUAAAGAAAGAGUUGUCGGAUCAGUCGUCUUCGUUGAAUGCUGAGAAAGAUGAAAUCAUCAAGCAGCUGCGAGAAGAGGGUGAGAAACUGAGCAAACAACAGCUGCAGCACUGUAAUAUUAUUAAAAAAUUGCGGGCCAAAGAAAAAGAGUCAGACGCAACCAUGAAGAGCCAGAAAGAACAGUUGGAAGAACAGAACUUGGAACUAGACCGAUUAAAACGUUCGCUGAAUGCUAAAGAAGAAGUGGAGAGAAGUCAAAUAGAAGCUGUUCAUACUCUUACCGCAAAAGUUAAAAAACAGGAGAAGGAAAUUUUUUCAUUGCAAGAAAAGUUAGACAACACAAUGAAUAAAAUGAAUGCUUACAAAACAAGUCUUGAUGCGGCAAAAGUUGAAUUGGCGGAAACAAAAUUAAAUUUUAGUGCCGCGGAGGAGGAGCUAAAGCAAGUACUGGAAAGCGCUGGAGAGUCGUGUCGGCUUUCAGCUCAAGUUGAAGAUCUUAAAGUUAAAUUACGUAGAGAAGAAGAAAAUCAUGUUAAGAAGAUAGAUGCUUUGAAACAGGAGAACAAUGACCUGUUGAAACGUCUCGAAGCUGCUGAAGCCAGAAGCGAAGAGCUUUCAGAAUCAGUUUCCCUUGCCACGAAACCACUGCUUCGACAGCUCGAACAACUUCAAGCGAACCUCACACACAAAUCCAAUAGUUUUAUGAAACAAGAGAAGAUAAUGUCGGAUACCAUUGACGAACUCCAAACAAAGUUAGAUAAUAUGCUCGCCGCUGAUCGCUCCCAUGUCGAAGAAAACAUAAAUUUAAAAUCAAAAAUAGUCAUGCUAGAGUCACAAAUAAAGCGCACAGAGUCUGAGCGGUUCAAAAUCGACGAAUUGUCAACGCAACUUAAAUCUGAAAAUACAAAACUCGUUGCGGAAAUAGAUAAAUUAAAAAUGACAAUUAAAAGUCUUGAAAAGUCUCACGCUGAGGAAGUCAAAGAAUUGAAACGCGAGAUAGAAUCGCUGAAAGAUAAACUGUCGACGGAAAAAGCAGCAAGUGAUGCUGAAAAAAGGAAAAAUAAUCCUGCAUUGGAGCAUCAGCAAAGCACUGGUGAGGAGUCACGUCUCAGCCCAACUUCCAGUGUCAGAAGAGACUCUAUCAGUAGUACAAAUAGCGUUUGGCUUGCGUUCAAUGAUUCGAUAUUUGAUACGAGUUCUGGACGCUUUCCAAAUGUUUACGAUGGGCUGAGAACUAGUACAAAUACGACAUCGACCAUUGAAACUUUGCAGGCACAAUUAAAAGCUCGCGAAGGUGAAAUUCAAACACUGCAAUGGGAAAUGUCACGCAAAAACACAGAACGCGAUGCAUUGAAUAUGGAAUUAUCAAAUUUAUCGAUGAAAGUCGAAGAGCUGACCGGUAAAUUAAUUCAAGUCGAGGCACUCAAUGCUAAUUUGAGUGAAAUACAAACAAGGUAUGACGCAUUACUUCAAAUGUACGGAGAAAAAGUCGAAGAAACGCAAGAACUUCAAUUAGAUCUUGAAGAUGUUAAGGAAAUGUAUAAAAGUCAGAUCGAUCAGCUGCUGAGAAAAGAUACUUAGAUUUGAUUUGAAUUUAAAAAAAAAACAUUCCGCCUAAAAUUUCGUGUGUUUGAAAAGUGCAAUAUGCCGUCGCAGGUCGGCUGCAAGUAUUCAGAGGGUUUUUAAAUACUUAAGGACAUUCUCCAACUAUACCUCCCACUUUUUGAAAAUAUUUGAUGAUUUUAAAUUGUACUGAAUUUAAAUUUUAGGAAUUAAUUUUAAAAAAAUGGGGGGACUGUCUGAGAAUGCCCUUAAUAUGAGUUAUAUUUUAAAUGAUUGUUAUUAUUUUAAAUAGAUGUUUUUUUGUUUUUAAUUAAAUUAAUAAAUUAAAUAUCAAGUAUUUUGCUUGUGAGCAAAUUUGAAGACUGAGAUUACGGAAAUAUUGGCUGAGACAUUGGGAGGUCAUUGAAGUCAGUCUUACAUAAGUGAUAUUUGUAAAUAGAUCUAUAUCUAAUUACUAAUUAUCAGUCUUUAAUUAUAAUAUUUUAUUAUAAAUAAUUAAUUGUUAUUAUUGAUAAAGAGAAUUUAGGAUUGUACAUAUGGUGGAAUCGAUAAUCAAGUCAUGUAAAUUUCAAGUUAUUUUAUUUGUCCUGUUCCGAUGGCGCCCAUAUAAAAUUUUUUUCAUAGAUAGAAUUAAUUAAUCAAUUAAAAUAUA